GCAAUCUGGUAAUUGAAAAAGUGCCACAUACUGCUCCUCCUCCCCAAAUGAUGGUCAAUCAGCAGAUCUCUCCCAGUCACAACCACCCAGGUAAGCACUCAGGACAGAUAAACCUGGCCCAGCUGAGGUUGCAGCACAUGCAGCAGGCUGCAAUCGCUCAAAAGCACCAGCACCAGCACCAACAGCAACAGCAACAACAACAGCAGCAUCAGCAACAAAUUCAGCAGCAGAUGCGCAUCGCCUCACAGAUGUCCCAGCAUCCCAGGCAAGGAGGUCCACCACAGAUAACCAGUAUACAGCAACCGCCACCUAGGCUCAUUAGUAUGCAAGCCCUCCAGAGGGGUGGGGUCAAUGGCUCCUCCCACAUGUAUCCACCUCAUCAUCUGCGCAUGGUAUCAGCGCAGAACCGCAUGUCUUCAGCGCAGCCCCGACUCAACGGGCAACCGUAUCCUAUGAUGCAGCCUCAGUUACAGAGACAGACACGUUUCAUGAUGCACUCUAAUCCUGGGCAUGCUGGGCCCUUCCCUGUGGCGUCGCUACACAACAUUAGUGCUGCCAACCCCACCAGUCCUACCAGUGCCAGCAUAGCCAAUGCCCACAUUCACCGUGGCCCCACUAGUCCUGUUGUCGCCCCCAUAGAGCUCAUACCAUCAGUCACCAACCCCGAAAAUCUGCCCUGCCUGCCUGACAUCCCUCCCAUUCAGCUUGAAGAUGCUGGUUCGAGCACACUGGGUCACAUUCUCAGUCGAUAUAUUUCUGCUAGUUCAUAUCCUGCUGUUGGCCCAACCAAUCCCUCACCGGGACCUUCUACACAUUCCCCAGGAUCGUCAGGUUUAUCUAAUUCUCACACUCCAGCUCGUCCAUCCAGCACGUCAAGCACUGGCAGCAGGGGCAGUUGUGGGUCAGCUGGUAGACCUGGGACGGGGAACACUGCAGUGGACCAGGUGAAGGUCAAACAGGAACCGGGAGUUGAGGAAGAAUGUAGCUAUUCUGGAGCAAACGUCAAAACGGAGCGCUGUAAAGAUGGCAGACGGAGUGCUUGCAUGAUGAGCAGCCCAGAAGGAAGCCUAACUCCCCCUCUUCCUGUCCUUGGCUCGGUGUCAACCGGUUCAGUCCAGGACAUUUUAAGAACACUUGGUGAAAAUGUUAAAUCAGAACAACAGAGCAAUCAGCGCUCAUCCUGUACAAAGCCAAACUCCAGCGCACCUCUAACCAAUGGGACCACCGCGUCAAAUGGUAGUCAGCAGGGGAGCACCGCUAACGCCAACAGCCAGACCACUGUGGGAAAGGAAGACGACCCGAACGAGGACUGGUGUGCCGUUUGUCAGAAUGGAGGAGAACUACUGUGCUGUGAUCGCUGUCCUAAAGUCUUCCACAUGACCUGCCAUAUCCCAACACUCAAAUCUUCUCCCAGUGGAGAUUGGAUGUGCACCUUCUGCAGAAGUCUAGCAAAUCCAGAGAUGGAAUACAACUGUGAUGACGAUCCACCAAGUAACAAGGACAAGAGUGAGACGGCAAUGAGUCCAGAGGACCAGCGACGUUGUGAGCGCUUGCUGCUGCACGUGUUUUGUCAUGAGCUCAGUACAGAGUUUCAAGAGCCUGUUCCUACAUCGGUACCCAAUUACUAUAAAAUAAUAAAGCAUCCUAUGGAUUUGACCCUGGUAAAGCGGAAACUGCAGCGAAAACAUCCUCUGCAUUACAAGAGCCCUAAAGAGUUUGUGUCCGACGUGCGCCUGGUCUUUAGCAAUUGUGCCAAAUAUAAUGAGAUGUCACGAAUAAUCCAGGUUUAUGAUGAGGAGAAAGAGAGUAAUGUUCAGGCCGACUCGGAAGUGGCAGAGGCCGGCAAAGCCGUGAGUCUGCAUUUCGAAGAGAAACUGCUUGAGAUUUUUCCCGAACAGACGUUCCCAGUAGUCGUGGAGAAGGAGAUGCGAGCGGAGGCCGAUAAGGAUUCGGAGGACUCUGAUGAUGACGUCGUACAACCGAAACGCAAACGCUUAAAAGUGGACACCGAGAAGCUGUUGCACUUCAAGUGAAGAAAAUGAGGAAACAUCUGCGAGAAAUAAACGGUCUUCCUCUCAAGCUCAGUCUUAUUUUGCCUUCUGAAGGGUGGAAUAAUGCUGGAACUGAUGCGAGUCAAAUACUUUUUUUUUCAUGUUCUCCCAAACACUGACGAUCCAUUGUACAUACAGCGUGAGAACUUUAAAACAUGCAUCGUGGACACUCGGAGGAUCGAUAACUGAAUCGUUGGGUGUGGAUAAAGACACUUGUACAGAUUUAAAUAGUCUUGUUUUAGUCUGAUUUAGUAAAUAACAUGUUUUUCUUUUUCUUUCUUUCUUAAACUAUGAGUAAUUAUUAUAUUUGUAAAUCUAUUGUGAAUUAUACUUUAUAAAUCAUACUCAUCUCCCUUCUGUUGUAUGAUAAAGUUGAUCAUAUAUGGCCCACCUGCUUCCUUUGCAUGUGUAUUUUCUUAUUCCUACAGUUUAAAUCCCUUCAGUAGAUGAAAACUUGAUCUUUAUUUUCAAUAAAACGGUGACUUCUGGA